AAGUGUCAAACUUUCAAGCUGAAGAAUUUGAACGCAAUGACUCAGCUGAUUUCUUUGAUGAAUAUGAUAACCCGGUUGAUAUAUGGGUUAAUGAUGAUAUGUCUAAUGAAUAUGUCAAUAAUGAUAUAUCUGAUGAAUGCAAUAACUUGGUUAAUGAAGAUAAUACAUCUUAUUCAACCUUACCAAGUAGAACUAAUAAUGAGCCAAAAAUACCAAAUUUAAAAAAUAUAAAAUUAGUUCCUAUGAUAAAUUGUUUAGUAGAAGUUUGUAAAAAGAAUAAAAAUGAAUUAUGUGAACAUAUCAUGGGAUCAGUAGAUAGUUUAACAGGCAACUAUAUUGGACACUUAGCAACACGACAUGAGCGUAAACGACGAUUAGAUCAAAAAUUUGUUGAACUUUUAAUUAGAGAUCAGCAACCAAUAAGUAUUCGAAAUGAUGAAGGUUUUAAAGACUUUAUUGCUGAAUUUGAUCCAUUAUACAAAUUUCCCAGUGAAAGAUAUUGCCGUCAAUUACUCUCUGAAGCAUAUGAUCAUACUAAACAAUGUUUAUUAAAUAUAUUUGAAAAAAAUAUUAUAUCAUGUUCGUUAACCUGUGAUUUAUGGACUGAACUUAGAGUAAAAGAUCUUACUCAAAAUGAUAAUGAAUUACGUAUAAUUGUUGAUAUUCCAACAAGAUGGAACUCAUCUUAUUUCGCUUGGCAACGAUUAAUUAAAUUUCAAAAUAUAAUUAAUCUUAUGAUUACAACACUUUCUUUAGAUGAAGAUUAUCAAAUACGAAAAGAAGAUCUAACAGAUGAUGAGUCAAAUAUUGUCCAAGAUUGUACAAAUUUUGAAAGGCAAGUAAAAAUGGCUUUAUAUAAAGCUAUAAAUCAUUAUUGGCAAGUACCAUUAGAAGAAGGAAUGUUGGCAACAUUAUUAGAUCCUCAAUGCAAAACUUUAAAUUUUGCUUCAGAAUCUUCAAGGUCUAAAACUUAUAAUUCAUUACGCGAAAUCUAUAAACAAUACCAAGAUCAAGUAAAUAUACUAUCUAUCAGACAGCCAUUACAAUCUACGAGCAAAUUAUUAGCUACUAUGUUUCGGCCAAAUAAUGCUCAAAUAGAUGAAAUUUCUGAUUAUAUUGGAAUACCAGAAAUUUCUUAUGAUCAAUCUACCUCAACGCCUAGUGAAAGAUUAUUUAGUGAAGCCGGGAACAUAAUGUCUAUUAAAAGAACAAGUCUUUUACCAAUCACAUUUGAGCAUUUAAUCUUUUUAAAAAGAAAUCGUCAUACAGUUGAUAAUAUUUUUCCGA